AUCACAUUCUAACUGUUUGUCUCUGAUAUUUUGCCUUUAAAGAGGUGUGUGUGUGUGUGUUCACAGCAUUCAUAUUCGCAGCAUUCGUGUGUUCACAGCAUUCAUAUUCGCAGCAUUCGUGUGUUCGCAGCAUUCAUAUUCGCAGCAUUCGUGUGUUCACAGCAUUCGUGUUCACAGCAUUCGUGUUUGCAGCAUUCGUGUGUUCACAGCAUUCGUGUUCACAGCAUUCGUGUUUGCAGCAUUGGAUAUUUGAGCACCGACUGAGGAGCAUUUGGAAAGUUUUCAACCUGUAGCAGUCAAUCAAUCGACAGCAUGUCUCAGCACUCAAGAGAGAGCAACAACGCUGACAUCUUUGACUGUGGUGAUCAGUCAGAAGUCCCCCUUGAAUGGGGUGAUCUGCCAGAGAUCACCCUGGAUCCUGAAGCUGACACCCAUUACUGGGGUUUUCGGCAAGAUGUGCCAGUUGAAACUGACGCCGACUCCCUCGACAGGGAUGAUCAGCCGAAAUCCCCCAGAAGUGGAUCUGAUCGCCCAAUACAGGAGGAGAAACUUCAUGUGGAGUGCAGCAAACUCCGAGUGGCGGAGAGAAAAAUCCAAGAGCUGCAAUCCAAGCUCCAAGACAUGGAGAACAAACAGGGAAACUUGCAAGUAAAGUUGAAUGAAGCCAUGGAAAUAAAUAGAGACAUGGUGAAAGAGAGGAAACAGCAGGAUGCAGUAUGCAGAGAGCUGCAAUCCAAGCUUGAAGGCUUGCAAGAGAAGUUUAAUGAAGCUGUGACAAAAAACACGCACAUGCUUAUACAGCAGGAACGACAGGAUGCAAAAUGCAAAAUGUUGGAAUCCAAGCUGCAAGAAGUGGAGCAAAGAAACGAAAGCUUUCAGGAAAUGCUGGAUCAAGCAUUGGGAAAAAAAGCAACAAUCCUGAAAGAAAAGAAAGAAUUAAAAAUGAAGCACACGGAGGUCAAAUUGAAACUGGAAAACUCUGAAAAGAGGCACAGGGUGGUGCAGGCAAAAUUAGAGGACGUGCAGAAACAAAACGCACAAGUGCUGAAGGAGAACCAACAACUGGGUAAAUCACAGAGAAAGCUGCAAGAUGUUCUCCAGGAAUCUAAAAAGAGGAACGGAGAACUCGUGGAGAAAUGCAGAACACUAGAGCAGUGCAAGGAUGAUCUGGAGAAAAAGUGCACAGUGAUGCAGAGCAGGAUGGAAGCUGUGGAGAGAAAAAAUGCUGAACUGGAAGAGCUGUAUAAAAAUGCUCGCUGCAAAAUAACAGAACUGCACAAGGAGAAGCAAGAACAACAGAAACUGCACAAAGAUGUCCAGUGCAGGCUUCAACAAGUGCAGAGUCAAUGUGAGGACCUGCAGAAAGCACAAAAAAUACAGCAGCAGAACUACAACCAUCUGGAAGAAAGGCAUGCAGAAAAGCAUGACAGAGUUAAAGAACUCGAGAUAAAGUGCGCAAAGCUUGAAGCUGAGAAUGCAGAAAUUCUCAGUGAUCUGCACACCAUCAUCCUGCAGCACAAAGAUCUGCACGAGCGCUGCCUUAAAAAGAAAAAGAAGCGCUUCAAGUUUCUCCGGAGGACCUCUGCUGCUUCAGCUCAAACGCAGCUCGCCUCGUCUGCCACCACCUGUGAUCCAUCUCAUGGACCUUGA